CCCCCAUUUCUAGAACAUUUUUCACCACAAUCACAACUCGGUCGUGUCUCAGUCAGCAUAGGAGAAGCUUAGGAAUCCGAUUCUGAAUCACCAACACCCUCGCUACGUUAUUAUCUCACCUUCAACCCGCAUCUUCCACACGGUAGCCGCACCAUGAACUCGAUACGCGGGGGCAUGCAAGUCCAUGCUGUUCCUGAAAGUGAAAGAGCUCUGGAUGCAUCAGGCAGAAGGCUGCCAUGGGGCUACGAGUUCGCCGACGCAGAAAUCGGCCGCAGAAGAGAACCCGAGGAGAAAGGUCCAUUCGGACGCUCCGUACGCCGUCGCGGUUUCUCACGUAGUAAGACAGCAACUCCGGCCCGUAAAGAGGAUGUCGUGCGACAAGAGAACAUGCAGACUGAGGACUUCAUCUUCGCUAAGUACAAAGAUGAACUCAAGGCCAAGGACCCCGUACAGCCUACACAAAAGCCCACUGAAGCAGCAACCACACAAGCUGCAAUCGACGCUGCAUCAGCAAAGGAAGCCACAGAAGUCAUCCUGUACGGCUUCGGCCCAGACUCGCAAUGGGCUGCCAUCGAAUACUACGAGCGCAUCUCAGGCGGCAUCGUCUACGAAGACUACGACCGUCACCCUCCUCAUCAGCGCUACGAUCACAGCUUGACAUAUAGCCGCGCAAAGCUAGCCCAACGCUCACUCUCGCAAGCCGCUCUUCGCAAACGCAACGCCUACCGCGGCGGAGAUCACUGGAUCAAAGUCACCUUCGAUAGUCCCGAGGCCGCCGACCUGGCCUGCCACUGCUCUCCACACCCCGUCCACGGCUUUCUAGUCUAUGCCGAACCUUUCCGCGGCACCGGCCCUCCCAACGACGCGCCCAUCCCAUACUCGAAUGCCGGCGCUCAGAUCGACGGUCCAGCUCUUCCCUCCACCUUCAGCACCCGCGACACUCUCACACCCACCGACUCCACAGGCACAAUGUCCUCAGCGACUAUCACAGCCCAGCCAACCUCAAAUCAAACACUUGCCACAACCUCUUCCAAUACAACCGCUCUCGAGCCGACUGCACCCAUCCAAAACCGCCCCAUGCGCAUCCCUGGCGCCACUCGCGCAGUCCUCAAACCUGCAGAUCUGGCUUUCGCGGAACCUUCCAAGAGCGUAUCAUCAUCACUGGCAUCCUGGCCUCUGAUCAACUUGUUUGUCGGUACAAAGGGCGAUGUGAUAGGAUCCGCCGUCCCGCGUACCGACGAUGGAAACUUUGAUUGGAAGAAUGCUACAAUGUGCAAACGCACGCUUUUCAAGUACGACAAAGGCUGCGGGCAUCAGUUCAGUCUCCUCAGCUACACAUGUAGAGAAGCCAUGGCCGGUGAAGAAUGCUUCGAAGUAGAGACCGUCGAGACCGUCGAGGGCGACUGCAGAGCUUGCCGUGAAAAACAUGAGCUGGACAGCAAGGAUGAUAUGGAGGAGAGUACUAAGAAGAACGAGGAGACGGUUGGUGCUGAGAGGAAGGAGAAGGGAGGAAAGAAGUAG